CAGCAAAAAAAAAAAAUGCAGCGGAUUUAAAAAAUCAUCAAAAAAUAUUGUCGUAUGGAAAAACAUUUUACCCCGUGAUUUGAUUUGACUUACCUGAUUGAUUUUUUAUCAUUUUUUGACUUGGAAACAACAAGGUCACAGCCAUGUAUCAAAGAAGCAAUCCUUGUGGAGCAUCAUUGAUUCCACCACCACCACCUCCUCCAGAAGAUGAUAUAACAAAGUCUUCAAAAACAUCAACAGGUGUUAAUUCCACUACAUCUCUUCCUAGUAUAAAAUUGGUCAAGAAUGACUAUAAUCAGCACUUUGUCGAUACAGGAGAACGUCCACAAAACUUUAUACGCGAUUACGAACCUCAUUUAAGGUUUACUGAGUAUCCGAAAUUAGAAAGACUUAUACGUUUAAAGGACGAAAUUAAUAAACAACGCGCUCAUCCUCCAUUAUAUAUGCAAGUCGAAUUGAAAAAAUUCAAUUUAACAUCUCUUGAUUGUUUAUUUGAUGUUGUCUUAAUUGAUCCACCUUGGCAAGAGUACGCAGAACGCGCUGCUUCUUAUGCAUUGGUGACAAAUGAAGAUCUAACUCCGUGGUCAGUGGAAGAAAUGAUUCAACAUUUAAAAAUUGAUGAAAUAACCGACGUUCCUUCUUUUUGUUUUAUUUGGUGCGGCUCUUCCCAUCUUGCUGAGGGAAGAAAAUUGCUACAAACUUGGGGUUUUCGUCGAUGUGAGGAUAUUUGUUGGUGUAAAACGAAUACAGCUUUUUCACGAGUACAGUAUAAUCGUGUACAAUACACGGACGACCAGGGGAUUUUUCAAAGAACCAAAGAACACUGUCUUAUGGGAGUCAAAGGCGUCGUGCGGCGUUCUGAAGACACUUGCUUCAUUCAUUCUAACAUUGACACAGAUAUUAUAGUUGCAGAAGAACCCACUGAUAUUCACGGGCAUCCAACUGGUUCCACCGAAAAACCCAUUGAACUCUACGAAGUUAUCGACCGUUUUUGUUUGGGUCGACGCAAACUGGAAUUAUUUGGAUCGGAUCGCAAUAUUCGACCAGGAUGGGUUACUUUAGGAAAAGAUAUAUCCGUUUCCAAUUAUGAUAAAGACCGCUAUAUUUCCUGGGUUUCUGAUACAACUGAUACACUCAAGUUGAAUCGCCCCAAUCCACGUUACAUUAGUUCUGAUGUCGAUUAUAAUGGAGGCCGCUUUGUUGGAACCACACCAGAAAUUGAAGCACUUCGUCCAAAGUCACCCACCCGUCCUAAUGGUACAAUGACCAAGUAAACAUGUUCUAUUCUUACAAAUAAAAAAAAAUAUUGUUAGUUCACAAGCCGUAGUGUUUUUUUAUUUUAUAAGCCGUAGUAUU